AUUACAGCAUUUUUUUGGGACAAAAAGUGUAUAUUUGUCGAACCUAUGAAAAAUAAGCUGGGAAGCGACAUUGUGGCGAGUGAGAGGUUCGUCGGUGAUUUGCCGGUGAAUCUGGUGAGGCAGCAAUCACCGAAGACAACACGCAAGGAAUCAAUGGCUCCAAAAAUUGUGGUGUGCCCACCUGUAGAAGAAGUGAGUGAACCAACUACUACAGCUCGUGGUUCGCGAUUGCUGAAAGCGCUCAGUAAGCGACUUACACGACGCUCGGCAGACGGUGAUUCAUUGGGUAGUUCUAGUAGCAACGAUAGCAUGUCUGGGGAGACAAGCCGGACUGAGGAUCGUUCCUGCUCAGCUAGUGACUCCAGCAGCGACAGUUCAGAGCGUCAUCGACGUCACCGCUCAACAGUUUCGUUACGACGUGUUUUUAAAAAUUUAAGUCUUACAAGCCGAUCACAAUCUUGUUCACCGACGGAACGUCAGCGACAACCUAAGAAACAAACGCAGCCAAAGCGCAUUCUUCGGCCACCUGUAACCUACACAUAUGUUCGAGGCCUGUCUGGUUUACCGACACAGAGAGUGCCGCGACACACAGUCUGUUGUGCUUCUUUAGGUCUCAAUCGGUAAAAACUUUAGAAACAAGAAUAUUUCAAAAGAUUGUGAAAGGAGAUAAAGACUGGUUAAAAAGUAUCGGACAGUAUUAAAUGCUAGUGAAAUGUUUCAUCAUAUCAGUAGUUUCAAAGUCGUCUGGGCCAGUUAAGCAAAUUAACGUUGUCUUCAUUUAGGACCAAAGCAAAAGCGAUUGUAGUCAAAUUU